UCAAAGCGUGACCUUGCCGACGUAUCGACUGUAACCCUCCUCUCUCUACGUUGGUUAGCGCCCCUUCUGCGUGAUGGGCAAAAAAGAAAUGCUUUGGCAGCUUCCGGACGAAACUUGACUCAAAACAUUAAUUGUUCAUCAUGCCAUGCGAGACAUGUACCGGAGGCGCUGUCAUCACUUUGCAACGCUGCCAGCAUGUGGCUUUUUACAAAUCUGCGUUGGCCGAGCUCGGCAUCGCCAGAUCCGGCACUUCCUCGGGACCAAUUUGCUCCAACAACAUUGCAACUGUUGUAGUUUCGCG